CUGAUUGCAGAUGAAGAGGAAGUUGUUGGUGUUAGAGAAGAUUUCAAGGAGGAAACAUUGAUGGCAAAUGAUGAGAAAGCUGAUGCGGAAAAUGAUGAGGAAGAAACCAUGGUGGAAGACGAGUUCAAGGAGGAAACAUUGAUGGCAAUUGAUGAAAAAACCGAUGCAGAAAAUGAUGAGGAAGAAACCAUGGUUGAAGAUGAGUUCAAGGAGGAAACAUUGAUGGCAAAUGAUGAGAAAGUUGAUGUUGUUGCAGAGAGUGAUGAGGAAGAAACCAUGGUGGAAGAUGAGUUCAAUCAGGAAACAGUGAUGGCAAAUGAUGAGAAAGUUGAUGUUAUUGCAGAAAAUGAUGAGGAAGAGACCGUGGUGGAAGAUGAGGAUAAAUCCUUAGAUACUGCAAUGGAGACUGAGAAAUCCUUAGAUUCCGACAUGGAAACUGAGAAAUCUUUAGAUACUGAAUUGGAGACUGAGAAAUCCUUAGAUACAGAAAUGGAGACCGAGGAAGAAGCAAACUUAGCAGAUGAAGAUAAAACCCAAGAACAAGAAGCAGAGAUUGAGACUGAACCAGAAUUGCCAGAGUCGUCUAAGAAAGGCAGUGGAGGAAAACGUAAAAGAGGAGGGAAGAUUUCGAAAACUACCCCAAAGUCCUCUGCUGCACCUAGGAAGACAAUUGAGGAAGAUGUUUGCUUCAUUUGCUUUGAUGGUGGAGACCUUGUGCUGUGUGACCGUCGGAAUUGCCCUAAAGCUUAUCAUCCUUCUUGUGUUAACCGUGAUGAAGCCUUUUUCCAAUCUAAGGGUCGCUGGAAUUGUGGCUGGCACCUGUGUAGUAUCUGUGAGAAAAAGGCCGAGUACAUGUGCUAUACUUGCACAUAUUCCUUGUGCAAAGCAUGCAUUAAAACCUCUGUUAUACUAUGUGUUAGAGAGAAGGAGAAGAAAGGACUAUGUGAGGCUUGCAUGAAAACUGUGAUGUUAAUUGAAAAACAGGGGACUCAGGGAAAUGUAAACUUUGAUGACAAGAAUAGCUGGGAGCAUCUUUUUAAGGAUUAUUGGACAGAAAUGAAAGCAAAGCAUAAUUUAUCUUUAGCUGAACUUGCUCAAGCUAAGAACCCUUGGAAGGGAUCUGGAAAAAAAGAAUCUCCAAUUGCACAAUAUGAUGUUAAAGAUGACGAGGGUUUGGGUUCAGAUAAUCCGUCUGAGAACCUAAAAGCAAGAAAAACCCGAAGAAAGGCAAAGAAGCAAAAGGCUGAUGCUAAGGAAGAGGACUCUAGUACUGGAGCAGCAGCAGUUGGUUCUAAGGGGUCUGUGCCCGAUAAAACCGAGUGGGUAUCAAAAGAACUUCUGGAAUUUGUGAUGCACAUGAGAAAUGGAGACAGUUCUGUAAUAUCUCAGUUUGAAGUACAGGAUCUCUUGCUUGAAUACAUUAAAAGAAACAAACUCCGUGAUCCUCAUCGUAAGAGUCAAAUCAUUUGUGAUGCAAGACUUGAAAACCUUUUUGGUAAACCACGAGUGGCACAUUUUGAAAUGUUAAAGCUUCUUGAAUCUCACUUUCUUAUGAGAGAGGAUUCUCAGAUAGAUGAUAUUCAGGGGACUGUUGUUGAUACUGAAGUUAGCCAGGUUGACGAUGAUGAAACCAAUGAAACCCUAGCAAAGGAUAACAAAGACAGGAAACGUAAAGGGCGGAAGAAAGGUGAUAGGCGGGGACCACAAUCCAACCGUGAGGAUUAUGCUGCAAUUGAUAUCCACAACAUAAGCUUGAUUUACUUGCGACGGAAGUUGGUGGAGGACUUGCUUGAUGAUAUGGAAAAUUUUCAUGAAAAGAUUGUUGGUACUUUUGUUAGAAUAAGAAUAUCUGGAGCUAAUCAGAAGCAGGACAUAUAUAGACUGGUGCAAGUUACAGGUACUAGCGAAGCAGUGCAAUAUACAAUUGGCAAAAGGAAGACAUGUACCAUGCUUGAAAUCUUGAACCUCGACAAAACUGAGACCAUACCAAUUGAUACCAUUUCAAAUCAGGAGUUCAUGGAGGAUGAAUGCAAGCGGCUGCGGCAGAGUAUAAAGUGUGGGUUUAUAAGUAGACUGACAGUGGGAGACAUUCUGGACAAAGCCAUGGAACUUCAGGUGGCAAGAGUCAAUGAUUGGCUUGAAACAGAGGUUUUGCGGCUUAGUCAUCUUCGUGAUCGAGCAAGUGAUUUAGGGCGUAAGAAGGAGCUCAGAGAAUGUGUAGAGAAAUUACAUGUUUUAAAGACACCCGAGGAGCGAGCUCGUAGGCUUGAAGAAUUUCCGUUGAUACAUGAUGAUCCUACCAUGGAUCCAGAUUAUGGGUCCGAAGAUGACACUGAUUCGGAUGAUAAGAAACAAGAUAGUUUCCGAUUCAACCAAAGAGGAAGGGAUCAGUUUUCUCCAAGAGGAGAUUACACUUCAAAAGAAUCUUGGAGUGGUACCCCUCAGAGUUCUUCAGCCAAAAACUAUGAAUUCAGCCGAAGCUUAUCAAAUAAAAAUUUCUCGACGGGGAUUGAAGACGCACCUUCAAGUCUCGAGAAUCAUACUGAAAAUUCAUGGCGUCAAGAAAGGGACACUUCUGUACAACAACCAACCCUUUUGGAGAAGCCAAUGGAUGAUGCAGCAGCUUCACCAAUGGAAACUCCAAUUGCAGCCGAAUCUGCUCCCAAAGUAAACGAAACGGAGAAAAUGUGGCAUUACAAGGAUCCGUCUGGAAAAAUUCAAGGCCCGUUUUCCAUGGUGCAGUUGCGGAAAUGGAGCAAAAAUGGAUAUUUUCCGGUCGGUCUAAGAAUAUGGCGAAAGAGUGAUAAGGAAGAUGAUGGGAUCAUUUUAACCGAUGCUUUGGAGGGAAAGUUUACGCAAGUAAGUCAAGAUCGACAGCAUUUGACCCGUGAACGAAAUUCGGCUCCUGGUCAACCACAAUCCGGAAAUUGGGCUACUGUUCAGAGCCCAAAAACGGAUAGUAAACAUGAUUUCGCUAAUCUUCCGUCCCCUACGCCAAACAAAAGUACCACUGGUUGGAUCGGCGGACAAUCGGGACCACACAGUUCGUAUCCAAGUGGAAACGAAGGGCUGCAAUCACCGACACCAAAUAGUGUCCGCUUGGCCAGUUCUAACAUCUCGUCUUUGGUUGCAUGCGUAAACGACACGAAUGCUGUUGGAUCCGUUGGUUCUUCAGGUACUGUUUCUUUCCCCGCUGUACCUCAAAACAUGGAGCAAGGUACGGUUUUAGGCUCGCAAAAUUCUAUUCAGUCUUCUCAAUUAGGUCAACCGGUUGCACCGCCACCUGACAAUAAUAUGGUUCCUCAAAUGGUUCAGUCUGUUGGCGGUCAAAAUUCUCAGGGUUGGAACUUACAACCGAACCCGUCUAUGAACAUGGCUGGAUUACAACAGCUAGCGUAUAACCAAUGGACCGGUGUUCCAAACAUGGUGCAGAAUCCUGUUGGAAACUUUUUGCCGCAAUCAGUUGCAGUCCCCCAAGAAUCUUGGGGACAGCUUCAGUUUCCGGUCAAUCAACCUAAUAUGCAGCCGCCUCCACAACCGAAUGUAAAUUGGGCGACAAUGGCUGCAAAUCCGAACAUGGGUUGGGUUGGACCCAAUCCGAAUUGGGGUCCUAUGGUUCAGGGUCCACAAGGAACUGGGAAUGUUAACCCCACUUGGGUUAUGCCAGCCAGUGGGAACAUGCAAGCGGGUUGGGUUCCACCAUCACCGGUUCAAGGGGUUCAAGGGGUUAUGCCGAACCAAAAUUGGGUUGCGGCUCCAAUUCAAGCGCCAGUAGUUGGUGGAAACGGGAACCCAAGUUGGGUUGGACCACCCGGGAAUCAAGGAGCCCCCAACGCUGGUUGGAGUGCCCCAAUUGCAAACCAAGGUCCUAUUAAUACCAACACCGGUUGGAAUGGACCACCUGGGAAUCAAGGUGCACCGGUUGCGAACCAAGGUCCUACUAAUACCAACACUGGUUGGGUUGGACCACCUGGGAAUCAAGGUGCACCGACCGCGAACCAGGGACCCGGAUGGGUUCCUCCAACUGGAAAUAACAACCAAAAUUGGAGCCAGAAUCGUGGGAAUUGGGGUGCAAACGAACAGCAGCAGAAUAGAGGUAGUUUCUCGGGUCAAAGACGGAAUAGAGGGUCUGGUGGUUUUCGUGGUAACCGGAGGCAUUUCAAUAAGCAAGAAUCGUUCCAUAAAGAUGGUGGGUCGUUCCAUAGAGGAUCGGGUGAUUCGGCCAAAUCUUCCGACCAGUAACCCUAAUUUUAAGUUUCUGCAUCGAUCGGAGUUUUGUUUAGAUCAGUUAACAGCAGAUUAACUUAAUUGUACAGCAAUUUUGGGGUUAGACUUCACUUUUGGGAUUGUUAUUUGGUAAUAACAGUUUGCUUCUUAUACAGGUAUGCUGUUAGUUUCA